AUGCCUUCGGCAAGUAGUUACCCGUUACCUCGAAGCGCGGCAAACCGAGAAGAUGCCGGUCUCACUCAUUUUCAAGUCUUCUUUAUCAACAACUCGUGCGUUUCGUUGGCUCCUAUCACACUGGACACUAUCAAGAAGACUUUUGCCAAGUGCAAGGAGCAGCGCCGAGCAGCUCUGGUAGCCUACAUCACUGCAGGCUAUCCAACUAUCGACGAGACCGUUGACAUCUUGCUGGGGUUCGAGAACGGAGGUGCCGACAUCAUUGAGUUGGGCAUCCCCUUCACAGACCCGAUUGCUGAUGGACCCGUCAUCCAGAGGGCCAACUCGAAGGCCCUCGAAAACGGAGCCACUGUCACCACAGUCCUCCAGAUUCUUCGCGAUGCCCGUCGCCGCGGGUUGAAGGCCCCUGUCAUGUUGAUGGGGUACUACAACCCUGUCCUCCAAUACGGCGAGGAGCGCAUGCUUCGUGACUGCAAGGAAGCCGGGGUGAACGGGUUCAUCAUGGUCGAUUUCCCCCAGAGGAGGAUGUUCGGUUCCGUGAUCUUUGCACCAGCACUGGAGGACUCCUUCAUCUACGUCGUUUCGCGCAUGGGUGUCACUGGUGCUACUGGUACGUUGAGCGACCAGGUUCCCAACCUUCUGAAGAAGGUUCACCAGUACUCUGGUAACGUGCCUGCUGCCCUUGGAUUCGGCGUCAGCACCCGUGAACACUUCUUGUCUGUUCAGAAAGUGGCCGAGGGCGUCGUUAUCGGAAGUCAGAUCAUCAGUGUCGUCGGGGAUGCUCCGACAGGUCAAGCCGCUAAGGCUGCCGAGGAUUACUUGUCCGGCAUCACUGGCCGCAAGUGGGAGCGUGAUCCUCAGGGGACUCUGACCCGUGAGCUCAACGUCAUUGAACCGGUUUUGAAGCCAAUUGAACUCGAGGUCACCCCAACUGAGGUUAUUACAGAGGCAGAUACUCCUGCUCAACCCGGCCUGGCUGAUCAGCUUGAAGCCCUCAACGUCACUCACGAUCCUACCGAGCAACCUUCUCGAUUCGGUGAAUAUGGUGGUCAGUAUGUUCCCGAGUCUCUGAUGGACUGCCUCGCCGAAUUGGAGAAGGGUUUCAAUGCUGCUCGAAAUGACCCGACUUUCUGGAAAGAGUUCCGCUCCUACUACCCCUACAUGGGUCGACCUUCCAGCCUCCACCUUGCGCAGGGCCUGACCGAUCACGUCGGAGGUGCCAACAUCUGGCUAAAGCGCGAAGACCUCAAUCACACUGGCAGCCACAAGAUCAACAAUGCCCUGGGCCAGAUUCUCCUCGCUCGCCGCCUCGGAAAAACCCGCAUCAUUGCCGAGACAGGCGCCGGUCAACAUGGUGUUGCGACUGCUACCGUCUGCGCCAAAUUCGGCAUGAAAUAUACGGUUUACAUGGGCGCCGAAGACGUUCGUCGCCAGGCUCUCAAUGUUUUCCGCAUGAAGUUGCUCGGUGCCUCUGUCGUUGCUGUGGAUGCUGGAAACCGAACUCUUCGGGACGCUGGCAACCAGGCUCUCCGUUCGUGGGUUGAGGAACUCGACUCUACGCACUACAUUAUUGGCUCUGCUAUCGGCCCUCACCCAUUCCCUUCUAUUGUUCGCACUUUCCAAUCUGUCAUUGGCCAGGAAACCAAGGAGCAAUUGCAGGCCGAGAUCGGCAAACUCCCAGACGCAGUUAUCGCCUGCGUCGGCGGUGGUAGCAACGCUGUGGGCAUGUUCUAUCCAUUUUCCAACGACCCCAGUGUCAAGCUCAUUGGCGUUGAGGCUGGUGGUGACGGCGUCGAUACCCCACGCAAUGCAGCAACUUUGACCAAUGGCGUGGCAGGCAUCUUCCAUGGUGUCCGCACCUAUGUGCUACAAGACAAGGAUGGCCAAAUCCUUCCAACUCAUUCGAUUUCAGCCGGACUUGACUACCCUGGCGUUGGACCCCAGCUGAGUGCUUGGAAGGAUGCUAACCGUGCCGUCUUCAUUGCCGCCGAUGACAGUCAAUGCCUCGAAGGGUUCCGUGCUCUGUCCCAGCAUGAAGGCAUCAUUCCGGCGCUCGAAACUUCGCAUGCCGUCUGGGGUGCCAUGCAGAUUGCAAAGGUCAUGAAGAAAGGCGAGAACGUCGUGCUCAACCUGAGCGGCCGCGGUGACAAGGAUGUCCAGACUGUUGCGGAAGAACUUCCUCGACUGGGACCCAAGAUCGGUUGGGAUCUUCGUUUUUGA